CGGCCCGUGCCCCCUCCCCCCAUGCAGCGCUGAGGCGGCGGCGGCGGCGGCGGCGGCGGCGCGGGGGCGGCGGGGCCUAGCGGGCGGCGGCGCCAUGGAGGGCAUGGACGUGGACCUGGACGCGGAGCUGAUGCAGAAGUUCAGCUGCCUGGGCACCACCGACAAGGACGUGCUCAUCGGCGAGUUCCAGCGCCUGCUCGGCUUCCAGCUCAGCCCGGCCGGCUGCGCCUUCUUCCUCGACAUGACCAACUGGAACUUGCAAGCAGCCAUUGGAGCCUACUACGAUUUCGAGAGUCCAAACAUCAAUGUGCCCUCCAUGUCCUUUGUUGAAGACGUCACCAUAGGAGAAGGAGAGUCAAUCCCUCCUGAUACCCAGUUUACAAAAACAUGGAGAAUACAAAACACAGGGACGGAGGCGUGGCCACCAGGGGUUUGUCUAAAGUACGUCGGGGGAGACCAGUUUGGCCACGUAAACAUGGUGAUGGUCAGGUCGCUAGAGCCCCAGGAGAUUGCAGAUGUCAGCGUUCAGAUGUGCAGCCCAAGUGCAGCCGGAAUGUAUCAGGGACAGUGGCGCAUGUGCACCGCCACAGGACUGUAUUAUGGAGAUGUCAUCUGGGUGAUCCUCAGUGUGGAAGUUGGAGGACUUCUAGGAGUAACGCAGCAGCUGUCAUCCUUUGAAACAGAGUUCAACACACAACCACAUCGCAAGGUAGAAGGAAACUUUAACCCGUUCGCCUCACCACAGAAGAACAGGCAACCAGAUGACAACAACCUAAAAGACCCUGGGGGUUCCGAGUUAGGCACAAUCGGCAAAAACACGUGGGGGCCUGCUCCUGACCAAAUCGAACAAGAUCAGAACGGACUGUCACAAAACUCUGUAAAUCUCUCCCCCAGCAGUCACUCGAACAACUUGUCAGUAGUGACGUACAGUAAGGGUUUCCACGGUCCUUAUCCCUUCGGACAGUCUUAAAAAUCAAAAAACGGGUAUCGACAAGAGGAGAAUUUAACAACUGACUUACGGGGGCGGGAGGGAGGUUCUAAUGGCUUACUGAAGACACAGCAUGGACCCCCCCCUUCUCUGCCUCCAUGUCCUGGAUAACGAAGAAAACAAUAACUUAAGACUAGUUGUUUCCAGAGGAAAAAACAAAACUAAGUAUGCAUGUGUGAAUGCUGAAUUUUCAGGAGUGCUGUUCAAUGCUACAAGAAAGAAAUACACCAACACCAUUUUUUUUUUUUUUUUUUUUUUUUUUUUUUAGGAGUCAUUCUCACGAUUAAUUAGGUAGCUUAAAAGAAGUUUAAACAUUUAAAAUGAAAAAGCCAUCUUUUUAAGAGAAAUUAUUUUGCCUACAGAACGGUUGUAGUUUGAGCAAAUGUUUAAUCUCUUUGUUUGUUUCCUGUUCAUAUUUUUUUAAAAAUAAGGGACAGCGUGCAUUUUUAUCAAUUUUGUGCUUGCCUGCUACAGAACGGGAACUUGCUUAGCAUCUUCUGGGGUUUGUGCUGUGGCUUUGUUUUUUGUAUGUUGGGCAUUUUUUAUGUAAAUUUGGGUUCACGCCCAGCUCUCUGGAUUUUAAUGACUUCAGCUGUUCUUAGUUAUCUACCUUUUUAAUCUGUUGUUGAAUCGUUUCCCCUUUUGAAGGGUGCUGUAGGUAUUCCACACCUGUCCUUGGAGAUUUAAGUCAACACCAGAUUUCAUUGUCUCAUAAGGAAGAGGGGACUGCAGGACUAAGCUCAGAUAAUAUGGGAGACUCCUCCCAACCCCCUUGAAACUUGAAUACACAAAACACACACACACACACACACACACACACACACACACACAAAGAAACAAAUUUAUUAGGAUUCCAAAGCUGGUAGGAUUAUUUUUAAAAUACUGUCUUGUUAACUAUCAAUGUACAGUAGUUGUGCCUAGGACCACCAUGCAAGUGUAUUAGUUUUGUGCCAAGAGGAAGCUAACUUUCUGUAUCUAGUUCACCAGCUAGUAAUUGUAAAGCUUUGCAAAAGUCAUGCUCUUUAGUUUUAAGCCUUCCAUUCUUACCCUUCCAUCUUAUAUCGGUAUACUUCUAAUUCCUCUUUCUUGUGGUGAAAUGCUAGCUUAGCAGGGAGAGGCCAAGGUGUUUUUGAAUGUAGCGCAAGAAGUGGAAUCAUCAGCUGGAUUCCACGGUGGCAUCUUGCAUUUCUCUCGCCUUUCUCUUGCUGGCCGAUUUAGCUUCUAUGAGGUUUUUCUUUCUAGAUGAGCUCUUCCAGGUUUGUUUUUAGACAAGGGAGAGCUCUUCUGGACGUGAGGGUCACAUAACUGUGGAAUGAUAGCCAUGUAUAAUAGGAUGACACAGACUAAUCCGAUAGGUAGGAAAAGUGACUUGAGUUCUGUGUCAGACUUCCAAGGUGCUGUGGUCACUGUGAGUCAAACUGAAAUGGAAAAGGAUGUUGGGGGUACUAUCUACUUCAGAAACUUGAACCAAGCCACAAGAGCCGCCUGCCAAAGAUACACUAAUAUGCAAAACACCCCUCUUAUCGCUAUGUAGUUACCCUGACCCAAACUGCCAUCUUCUCUUGGUCUGCCCUAGGCUGUUUCCAAGGAGCACUAGUUCCUCGGUUGUGUCAGUGUUUGUUCUUCAUUUAGCCUCCAACGCCCCUCUUCUCACACCAAGGCAAGCAGGUAGAUUCUGUUGAGGCUAAUGAAUCCCUCAUACCCAGCAGAGAAGGUCUUGGGCCUUUGGGGAGAAGCAUGGGGCCUGGCAGUCUGUUGCGCUUUUGCUGACUGCUGGUGGGUUUUGUUUGUCUUGUAGAGAUCCUAGUUUGAAGAAUAAUUUUCCUGUACGUUUGAAAUCUAAAGAAAGCUCCAAAUGCUAGGAGAGGAACUUGUGUAAGAAUUUGCUACUUGGGUGUAGGAAGGGAAGCUUGGAAGACAUCCUGUGUACUGUGAGCCUGUUGCUGAGCCAGCUCCUGUUGCUGAGUUAACCUGGAGGCAUGUAGGGAGGGGAAGGCAGCUUUUUGCUAAAACUGCACGAGUUGAUUAGAUCCAAGUUUCUCCCCCUUGAAUGCAAAUGGAGAAGGUGCAUUUGUUCAGCUGCAGUCCUUGUACUCUGUGUGUGUUGUAAAAUUCCUCUUGCCCUGGAUGAGUUGCAGCCUUUGGACAGGUGAGUAAAGGGAGAGAUUUACAUCAUCCUGACCCUGUGGGCGAAUGGAUCUUUUCUUCCCGGCUAGGCCUGGUGGAGUUGGUUGUGACAAUCCUGCUAGGCAUUGAGCCUGUGCCCUCCAGUACCUCAUGUGCACGACUACUGUGUGUCCCUUCUAAAGUGGGGGAAAAGGCCAGGGGAUUGCUGUGUAGUCCAGCUGAUGAGGCUGCUCUUCGGCCUCUUCACAUCAGCCUUAUCUGGCUGUUGUGUAGACUGAGGUGAAAAUGAGCCCUGGGUCACCGACACCUGUUGCUGUCACACUUGGAACCCUGCAGACCUCAUAUGGGCAGGGGCGGUUGUGUGACCCUUGGGCCUGACUUCAUUUUCCCUUCUGCUCCCAGGCACACACAUUUGACGCAUUUAGAAACGACUACCAUGUGUAUGUCCACCUUUUCCCGUUGCUAAGAUUCCUUUUCCAGGAGUCACGUGGCAUGCACCCUGGUACUGGGAUUUCUUAGUCGGAGGGCAUGCCGAUUUUGCACAGCUUCGAGUACAGUCUCCUUUCUCCCCUUCAGUCUACAGCACUCUUGUCACCGGGUUGCUCACUCCAGGGUGCGAGAGAAGUCACUAUCAGACUUGACUUGCAGCUGCAGAAAUCUAGCCUCGUGAUAGUCAUGUAUUACAGCUGUUCCCCAGGAAACCCUCUUGAGCAUAAACACAAUCCUUUUCUAUGGGGAUGAUCAUUAUAUCACUAGUGACAAAACGCUAUAACUGUUUGAAGGUGUUGGUUAGUGGAAUAACCCCUGCUGUAACAGUGGGAGAAUGUGCAAAUUGCUGGUGAUUCUGCCUCUUUUUUCCUCCUCAUCUCUCCAGUGAGACCUGCUUUGAUGUCAGCAAUGGUUCAUGUCCUCAAGUUCCCCAGUACUCAGAAAUGCUAGCAGUCUCCAGCUACAACUUCCCAUUCAGUUUGCAGUAGUUCUUAAAUGAGGAGUUUUGAGGAUGGUUAGCAAAACUCUUUCCGGGUAACAGCAAGAGCAGCAAUUGCACUAGUUUUGUAGAGCAGGCACUUUUGAACUUGGGAGUCCAGAGUGAGGCAUUUAAACCAAAAAAUGACCUAAAUAUCCAGAAGCGCUCAAUACCUAAGUUUUCUCAUAUCCUUUGAUGGGAAGGUGUGGGUGCAGCAGUUAUGUAAGCUAGGCUGAAUGUGUUGUACUGACUUCUAGGAUUGUCAGGAAACGAUUUGUCAGCUGAGGCCACUGGACAAGGAAAGGCCAAAUGAAGUUUGUUCCAUGCAGUGUUUCCUCAAGCAGGUUCCCUGAUUUGGGAGGCAAAGGAGCUGGUGGUACCCAGCGGUGUGAGAGAGACUGUGGCUAUAGACAGGCUGUACCAGGAUGAUUUUCUUUGUUUCUCUAGAUGCAACUUCUUCUUUUCUUUAGAGGCAAUGAUCUUGGGAGUCCUGAAAUGAGGUAGGGGGUUGGGACCUUUUAAGCCAGGAAUUUCACAUUUCCAACAAUUACCUUUCUUUCUUGGAUCCUUGAGCUUAGCAUCAGCUGUUUGGGUCGGAAUGCCCAAAUGCCUCAGAAUCUUGUGUAUCCGAGUAUGUGACUGAAACUGGGGCUGCAAAAGCAUCCUGUCCCACUGCUGAGAAAGCUGGGGAUGAGCACUGGAGCCCUUCUUGCUGGUAAUGCGCUCCAUACCUGGGAACAGGUGACCCGCCUGCUUUGGCGAGGCUGGGACUCUCUGGUGCUUUGUGUUUCAGGAGGACCACCCUGAAUCCUCCAGAGCUUGGAAGAUACCUUUUGCUCCCCAAGAGGGGAAGCAGAAACAGUCCCAGAGCCUGUGGGUGCGAAUGGCUGGUGUUGGCAGGGCUGAGAAAUGCACGCUGUCCCGUGUCUGGGUUUCCGUUGUGUUUUUUUUUCCUGUGUGAGUGAGUGGUUGGUUCUGCGGCCUGUCUUUUAUUCUCUCUGGGGGGAGUGCAUGUGUAGAGCAGGAUGGUGUGUUGCCGCAUUGGGUCUGGGAGAAGUCGUACAAGAGCACAUUGAGGGUUAAAAGGAAGCUUUUCCCUUUAUGUAUAAAUGAAUAUUUGUAUGAUUAAAUUAACACAGGAAAACA